AUGAAAAAAGUGUGUCUUAUGAUAUUUGAUGGUUGGAAUCACAAUGAAGAAAAGUGCGAUAAAGAUGACAUUGAAAUUAUGCCAUACCCUUGGAUCAGCACCCUCAGCACAACUUUUCCCAGCUUCAUGGUACAUGCACAUGGCGAGCAUGUCGGCCUUCCCCCAGGUCAGAUGGGAAAUAGGGAGGCAGGCUACAUUACAAUAGGGGCUGGGAGAGUGGUUGAGCAAGAUAUGGUCAUGAUCGACAAGAUUAUAGCCGAGGGGAAGAUGGGUGAGUAUUUGGAUAGGGCUGAAUUGGUUAACAAAGAAAGAGUCCACCUGAUAGGAUUGGUGAGUGAUGCAGGUAUCUAUUCUCACAUAGAUCACCUGAAGUCUCUAGUCAGGAACUUCAAGGGAAGAUGCAAAGAGCUAUACAUACACUGCAUAGCAGAUGGGGUGGAUGUAGAACCCAGAUCCUUUCAAGUAUAUUUGGCUUCAUUGAGGGAGUGCAUAAAUGAAGUGGGUUUUGGCGAGAUUGCAUCUCUCUCUGGAAGAAAGUACAGCAUGAGUAGAGGAGGAGAGCUGGAAAAGAUAAAGGAGUAUUACAAUACGAUAAAAUGUAGAGGAAGAUUUGCGAGGAGUAUGAGUCCCGAGGAUUACAUAAAGGCACAGUAUGAAAAAGGUAUUAGUGACGAAUUUUUUAGACCACGCCUUUUUCUGGAAAAAGGCAAGAUUGGUGUACGAGACACGGUUGUGUUCUUCAAUGUUAGAAGCUAUGAUAUCCAUGAGAUUGUAUACAGUUUUAUUAGGGAUGAACAUGAAGUGUUUAUAACGGUCAGAGUUUUUGAGAGUUGUGAGGUGGGUGCAAUUUUUAGUAUGGCAAGGGUUGAGAACGGGCUUGAUGAGGUAUUAUCUAAGAAGGAUCUCCCACAGGCCCAGAUAACUGAUAGUAAAAAUUCAAAUCUUUUUUACUUUUUCACUGGCAGGCUCAAAGACUUUAGCAGAGGGAAAAUGAAUUUUUUUGGAGAUGAAAGAGUAUAUGUUUAUGACCCGAAACUAAAAAUGAACACUUUGAAAGCCGUGCAGACCUGUAUGAGAGUAAUGAAAAACAAUGUACAAUUCAUUGUCUGUAAUUUCCCACCAUUAGACCAAAUUGGUUAUGUCAGAACGUGUAAGGAAGAGCCCUAUAGAAUCGUCGAAGAAGUAGAUAAAGCUGUUGGUGUCCUGUAUGAGAUAUGUAGAGAUAACGACUACACCUUGGUUAUAACAGCGGAUCACGUGAACUCUGGGUACAUGAGAGACAUCAACGGUAAUCUCGUCGAAAAAAGGACAAUUGGCAAGGUGCCGCUCAUAAUCUGCAGCAACGAGGUAAAGAGCAAGGGAUGUGAAGAAAGAUCGGUUGGCACAGACUACUCACUCAGGGAUGUGGCACCCACUAUUCUUCAUAUCAUGGGAAUCGAAAUACCACCCGAAAUGACAGGUUCCUCACUGGUCUAUAAAUAA